GAUUCCCGACAGCCCAUCCGGUCUUGACACCGAUCACUGAACUUCAGCCUAUCAAGGUACCCUUGGGGGCCUAUACAAAUCGGCCAACCGGACUUUCAGACCCCACGAGUCAAGGCGCAAGUUUUGAGGGGUCUGGCUUGUAUCAGGAAAACCUGGCAGGGGCCUUUAGAUGACAGCCCCAGACAAGGCUGUUGACUCGAUCGAGCAGUUGCAGGCCGUCGGCUCGAUUGUCUUCCUCUCUUAUACCUCUGGGGUCUCUGCACUGCCCCUCUUCUACCUUUUUCGCGUCGUCCGAAUCGCAUUUCUUGCUUUCUUUAUUCGGCCAGUCACUCUUUCGCAGCCCUUUUCCUCAUUUCGCUUUUCUCUGCUCUAUAUACUGGGAGCUGGCUCUCAUCUACUCCAGCCUGCGCCGAUCACCCAAAGAGUUUGUUUCUAUUUUUUGCAUAGAACAACUCAUCACACUCAUUUCCGCCCUCCCAGGUAUACGAUUCUAGUAAUCUGUAACUACAUCUUCAUCACAGGGCAUCUCUAUACAGUUUCGGUUCAACUGGGCGGGGCACAAAAAAUUUACGCACUCCUUAAACUUACCCGAAGGAUAGUAUAACAUUUUGAGUUGCACACUUACCGAUCUUAUCAAGCCUGGUGAGCUAUACAAAGCCUAUACCCUUCAACUUAACCGGUUCACUCUUGCUACCUGGCCUAUGCAUUGUCCAACACUUU